AUGGCCUCUAAAAAAUCAGUCCUCAUUACUGGCUGCAGUGACAACGGCAUCGGCUCUGGCCUUGCCCUCGUCUUUAAGCAACGGAACUAUCAUGUCUUCGCGACUGCUCGCAGCCCAGCAAAAAUGACCUUGUUGCAAGACACCCCCGAUGUUACCCUGCUAACUCUUGAUGUAUGCAAUCAGGACCACAUUGCCGCUGCAGCUGAAGCCGUAUCCAAACAUACUGGCGGCACACUGGACUGCCUGAUCAACAAUGCGGGCCAUAACCAUUACAUGCCGAUUCUCGAUGAGAACUUAGAUGAAGCGAGGCAGCUGUACGAGACGAAUGUAUUCGGUCCGGUGGCAUUAACGCAGGCAUUUGCUCCAUCUCUAAUAAAGGCUCGCGGGACUGUUGUCUUUAUCACUUCUAUCGCGGGGCAUCUUAAUUCUCCUUACAUGGGUGUCUAUGCUGCAUCCAAGCGCUCGUUGGAACUCAUCGCCGAGACGCUUCGUCUGGAACUGGCCCCUUUUCACGUCCAAGUGCUUUCCAUCGUCACUGGCGCAGUGAAAACAAUGGCCCAGAGUCACUUCGGUGACUUUCAGCUGCCUGAUACGUCGCUGUACAAGCCGAUUGAAGACAAGAUUGCUGCCCACGCCCGUGGGGAGGAUGGCAGAGAAAGGACCGAGUUGAUGACACACUGCAGAAAGGUCGUCGAGGAAAUAAUCCGUGGCGCCUCGGGGAAGAUUUGGUGUGGGUCUUAUGCUGGGUUGGUCAAGUUCGCGACUAGCUUUGUGCCGGGGUCCUAUCUUGAUAAAAACGUUUGUCGAGGCAAGGGGCUGGAUGUGUUGGCAGCAAAGAAUAAGGUCGAGUGA